CAUUGUAGAAUGGGAUGCAUUUGCAAGAGAUAUUAAGCUUUUAAAUGGAUGUGUAUAAGUGUAGAGAGAGAGAGAGGGUGAGGAGGUAGAGCAAGCAAAUGAGUGAGUGAGUGAGGAAGAGAGAGCGAGAGAGGCAGCGCACGAAUGCAACAGAGUAGCGGAGGAGAGAAAGAGAGAGAGAGGCAAGGCAUUACGGUCGCAUGCAAUAUGCCUGGACUGCUGCAGAGCGGCUGCUGGUUUCUUCCUUUUUUGUUCUUUCAUCUGCUUUUGGUCACAUUGGAUUUUUCAUCCCAUCUCAGCUCUGCUCAGAGGACAGGUGUAUAAAGUGACGCUUCUGUGAUUCUGAAACCUCUGCUGCUCACAAAAUUGAUCUACCUAAAGUUGACAGAGAGGAUAAAAGGAAGAAUCGUAUAAUCCGACCAAAAACAAGGAAGAUCAAAUGCAACAGAAAGGAUAAACACAACACUGGAAAACAAUGUCUUGCUAACUUCAGAAGGAAUCGUCACAGACUAAUAAAAAUUUGAAACAGCACAGCGCUGCAACAAAUCAGUAUUCUCAACCAGAACGUGCAAGCAAUGGCCAAGAGUGUUAACCCUUUAAAUGGCUGAACAGUUUCUUUGAGCUGCCACACUCUGCAGAUAUAAUGCAGAGCGGUGAGCAAUGAACUAGUCAAUCUUCAUGGUUAAUUUCAGGAUAAUUUUUGAUAAAUGGAGAGCUGGUUACUUGACAUUCAAUGCCUUUGACACUUUAACAGCUUUAAAUGUUGAAGCGUCUUUCACCGAUGAUGAAAUAUCAUUCAUAUCUUUUCAUUUACCUCACAGGAUUUCAUCCUAGCAUAACAAAUGAACAGGCAAAGUGAGUCUUAUUUUAACCAUCUAGUCUGACUGCGACAGCUCGGAUGUUAACUUUGGAAAUAGAUUUCUUUUUGAUGCAAGGUUUAGAAAAGCUCCUUAGGGCCACCAGUCAUCAUUUUCCAUUUUCGUAAAUUUGUUUAGCUACCGAUAUAAAGAUGGCCGCCGGAGUGGCAACAUGGCUGCCCUUUGCCAGGGCGGCUGCAGUCGGGUGGCUUCCCCUAGCCAAGAAAAGCAUGCCGAAGCCACCCGUGGACAAAAAGAGCCGCAACGAUGAGAUUCUGUUCGUAAACGUAAGCGGCCUCCGCUUUCAGACGUGGAAAAACACACUAGACCGCUAUCCCGACACUCUGCUCGGAAGCUCGGAAAAGGAAUUUUUCUUUAACGAGGACACUCAGGAAUAUUUCUUCGACAGGGACCCGGAGAUGUUUCGCCACAUUUUGAACUUUUACCGUACGGGGAAAUUGCAUUAUCCUCGGCAAGAGUGCAUUCAGGCCUUCGACGAGGAGCUGGCGUUUUACGGCAUCGUGCCGGAUAUUAUCGGAGACUGCUGCAUGGAAGAGUAUCGGGAUCGAAAGAAGGAAAACCAGGAACGUCUGGCAGAGGACACGGAGGCCGAAAUGGCGACGGACGCCCCUCUGCCACCUCACAGCACACGUCGAGAGCGUUUAUGGCGCGCCUUUGAGAACCCCCACACGAGCACCAUGGCUCUCGUUUUCUACUACGUCACAGGUUUCUUUAUAGCCGUGUCGGUCAUAGCGAACGUGGUGGAGACGGUUCCCUGCAGGCCUCUCAAAGGGAGCAAGAAAGAGUUGCCGUGCGGCGAGAAGUACUCGCUGGCGUUCUUCUGCAUGGACACGGCUUGCGUGCUCAUUUUCACCUUCGAGUAUCUGAUGAGGCUUUUCGCUGCACCCAGUCGCUGCAAGUUCAUGCGCUCGGUCAUGAGCGUCAUCGAUGUCGUCGCCAUCAUGCCCUAUUAUAUCGGCCUGGUUAUGCCGGAGAACGAGGAUGUGAGCGGAGCCUUCGUCACGCUGAGGGUCUUCCGCGUCUUCCGAAUCUUCAAGUUCUCACGUCACUCUCAGGGUUUGAGGAUCUUGGGUUACACUUUGAAGAGCUGUGCCUCCGAGCUAGGCUUCCUCCUGUUUUCUCUCACCAUGGCCAUCAUCAUAUUUGCGACGGUCAUGUUCUACGCCGAGAAAGGCACCAAGGGAACCAACUUCAGCAGCAUCCCAGCCUCGUUCUGGUACACCAUUGUCACCAUGACAACGCUUGGGUAUGGAGACAUGGUUCCCACCACCAUCGCUGGAAAGAUUUUCGGCUCUAUCUGUUCUCUCAGCGGUGUGUUGGUUAUUGCUCUUCCCGUACCUGUGAUCGUGUCCAACUUCAGCCGGAUCUACCAUCAGAACCAGAGGGCGGACAAGAUGAGAGCCCAACAGAAAGUGCGACUUGCCAGGAUUCGCUUGGCCAAGAAGGGAACCACUAAUGCCUUCCUGCAGUAUAAAGAAGAUGGAGGAUUUCAGGAUCGAGACAGUAAUGGCACUCUGUGUCUAAAGAACAGAUCCUCUUUUGAACAUCAACAUCAUCACCUGCUACACUGUCUGGAGAAGACAACAAAUCAUGAUUUCACAGAUGAGCUUACGUACAGUGAGAUGUGUAUGACGGAGUCAGUCGGCUACCGUACCAGUCGUAGCACCUCUAUCUCCAGCCAGCAGGGGAUGACGACGUCCUGCUGCCCCCGCAGGUCCAAGAGAAGAGCCAUCCGCCUGGCAAACUCCACCGUGUCUGUGAGCCGCGGCAGCGUGCAGGAGCUCGAUACGCUGCAUGUGCAAAAACACUCUCCUGAACCUCAGAGUCGCUCCAGUCUCAACGCUCGGACAGAAGACCUGAAGCUAAACUGCGAUGACAGAGAUUUUACAGCGGCUAUAAUCAGUAUACCCACACCUCCCGCUAACACCCCGGACGAGAGCCUGCCGCCCUCCCCUGCCAUUCCCGGCAUCCUACGCAACUCGCGCGCUACUGCCUACACCCACGAGACUGUGAAGAUCUCCUCCUUAUAACCGCCACAAGCACACAAACUUCCCCCAUUGCACAAUGGAAACCAAGGGGGUGAGGCUUCUCCCGGGAAAGAUCAUAAGACAAGACACAAAAAAGUGAUUGCUUCAUUCCAGACGGAUUGUUCGGCGGUAGACGUGGACUCGCGGUCACAUUCGAGAGACAUUCGGUCAGGCAGACCGUUGAUGAACUGGAGUAGAUUAACUGAGACUUUUUCAGAUCUACACCGAUGGUGGCAUCGAAAGCCUUUCAAAAAUAUGCAAUGUUAAACAAGCAGGAAAUAUGCCUAUAUGUCCACUGCGUAACACAGUUGCGGGGCGAGAUUACAAAAUAAUGAUGAAACUGUAGAGGAGAAAUAUUGCGCUCUGCAAUCAAUCAGUUCACAGGAUUGACAAAAUUAUGAGCGAGAGCGAAGCCAGAUGGUGUAUAUGUAUCAAUAUUUGUAUCAUAUCUCUUUAGAGCACAUGCAUCUUCAAACCCCACCAAAAAAAAAAAAAAUGAUAAAAGAACAGAAAUUCUGACAAAUGUUACCCAAACAUGCAUGUUGUUGUAUAUUAGAAAUCAUGGCAGAGAAUGAGGCCGCCAACAUGCUACUCACAUAGUUUUGCAUGUUACUUCUUUUACUUGUUUGGUUCGUCCUGUUUGGUUUCUUGACAUUGAUUCAAAAGAAAUAUUUACAGAGUAUUAAUGAUCAAACGUGUCGCACAUGAUGUGCACAUUAGCAGAAAAGAUAGAUAACAUAACUAAAAAAAUAUUCAGGCAUGUUCUUUGCAAAAAUUUAAGGUCAGACAUGUGCGGCUGUGUGUGCGUGUGAGGGAUGAAUGGGAAAGACUUGAUUUAGUUGAUCACACAUAUAAAAAUACCUACUAUGGUAUCCAUGCAUGGGAAAACUGAGGGUUUAUAAUGCAUCAUGUCUUUCUGUAUUGAUAUGAUUGGAGAGCGUUUACCACUGUCAUUCAGUUUUACAGAUGUAGGUUUUAUUGUUUUUCAUUCAGCUUGGCAAUUACAUGUAAACUUUGAACCCUAGCUGACUAUUUUUAUAAUACGUGCAUCGAAUGUGGUUAUAUAACAGUCAAACAUUUCACUUACAAUAUGUUUUGAUGCUCAUCUGAUGAAGUUUUAAUAAUCAUACGCAGCAAUGAGACGGGCAAUAAUAGUGUCAUUAUUUUCAAUUAAAAGUAAAGAAUGGAACGUAUGAUUGUAUAUGAAAAAAAUUAAGGAAUGCAAAUUUGCACUUGACUCUGAAUUUGUGUACAAGCAUUGUUCUUAUGUGUUUUUUUUUUAAGUUUGGUUAUUUAUCUCCCCAGCUUCAUUAAACAUUGUAAAGUGGUAAAUGUAAUUGUUCAGGCACCUGCUCUGGUGUUCGGCAGGGAUUGUUGGAUGUAACGGCUCCCGGUAGGAGAUGAACGAGAUAGUUAUUAAAAGCACAGAGGUGUAAAGUCUAUUUCACUAAUAAAGUGAACAGAACUCAGAAACGGCAUGCGUGACGGCUCUCAAUCACAUCUGAACGUAUGCAUGAAAUAUUAUUGGAUGAAAUAUAAAAAACAUCUGUUAUUGAUGCAAAAUGUACAAAGUAUUAGGACACCAGUGUUCGAAGAUUAUGGGGGUCCCCUAGCUAAGCCCCCCAUCAUUAC